UGGGAGGUCAGCAGAAGCUUUUCUCCUCCGUGCUUGUAAAGAGAACCUGACUGCUUUGUAUUAAUAAUCGGGUCUGCCGCUACUCUUCGACAUCUGCAAUGAAAAGAUCUCCCUUUGGGUUAUUUUUCUUUUAACUAUGGUAAAAAUGUGGUGAGAACAUGUUCGGAUUAAAAUCCUCAACCUACUUUUUCACAGGAAUGAGCCAUGAACCAAAGUCAUCUGCCCUGAGUAUAAUCUCAGCAACACAGAGGACCACAGCAACUGUUAAUCCCUUAACUGCUUCCGCACUGAAUGGACCAGUUGUCAGAAAUGACAAUCAAACAGGUCAUGGGACCCCAAACAUCCGAGGAGGUCAUACAGCUAGCUUUGCUGCAGCCCUUCGAAAACUGGCCAAGCAAGCAGAAGAACCAAGAGGCUCUUUACAUUGCAGUGAACAUUCUCCUAUAUCGUCGCCAGUUGCUAAUCAUGGUUCUCCUGCUGGAACUGCCAAGUGGGCUCCAGGAACAAUAAUAGUUCCACCUGGAACCCAAAGAGUGGCAAAUACUCCACCUGUAGUUACUAUUGCUCCAACACAAACUAUCAAUGGGCUUUGGAGAGGUGAAGGUCGACAGCCCUCAGGCAGAAUCCUGAGAUCCAGAAGUUCCGUUCACCCACUUUCUACAGAGUCUUUAUUAGAAAGAGAUAAGUCACCAGUGCCCACACAUGCUGCUCCCUCACAUCCAGCUUUCUAUUUAUCCAGCCAUCCCAUCCAAGAUUCACACUAUUCAACCAUCAAUUUGCAGAGACCUGCUCCACACCUGGUAACUUCCAGCAGCAGAGCAGAUGAUUUCCUCACAUGCUUCCGUCCGUAUCAUGAACAAGAUGAAAUGCAGACAUUGUCUUCUCUACCUUCAAUGGGAUUGAAUUCUACAACAGCUGAUACAGCUGCAACUUUCUACCACCCUGCUUUCCUACCUCAUCUACCUUAUCAACACCCACCAUACAGAAUCGAUGACCCUUAUUUCCUAUCACUUCGACAACCAUUUUUCCACAUUCCACAGCCUGGUACCAUUUCAUCCAUCCAAGCUACCAACAUGCAACUCUCCCUCACUGGUAUGAGAGGCCCGUCAGGCAUAGCACAAAAAUCAUUCUCAGGCAUUCCCUCAGAUCAUUUGUCGGUUCAUACAGUAAGAAGGUUACAGGUAAAUGAUGAACUGAGAGAACAAGAAAAGGCUCCUGAACAUGAGAAAAAAGAUUGGAAACAAGGAGUUCCUCAAGAAAGUGAAGCUGAAGUACUAACAGAAAAGGGAAGGAAAAGGGAAAAGCAGCAAGAAAUGGAAUGGGAGAAAGAGAUUAAACGAAGAAAAGAAAUGAAACAAGAGAAAGAUCUCAAAACUGAAUAUGGUUCAGAAAAGAAUGUAGCUCUGAUCAAUGAUACAGCAAAAAGACGUGUGGAGGAAUGGAAGUCUGCAAUGGAACAGCUAGGGAAAGUUAAACAGCCUUCUCCAGGAAGUGGAAAAGUUCGAACACUGUCUCUGGAACCUAUAGCCCUACCUGUUUCCUCUUCCUUACUUAGUAUCCCCUCAAACAUUUCCUUAUACUCUUCAACCUCGGAGGGGAGGUAUGCACUGUAUCACCACCAUCACCAGCAGAGGAUGGAUAAACAGCCAGGAUAUGGUGAUUACUUCCAUCAGCAUCACCUUCAGCAUCUUCAUAGGGAACAAGGGCACCUUUUUUCAGAACAAAAACAAGACAGGAGUAGAUCUCUUCUCAAAGAUCCAAAUCAACAUCAGCCACUUCACAUAGGAGUCCCCCCACCUCUCAUCUCACCACAAUACCCUUUGAAAGAGACCUCCCCACAGUUGAGGCCCUUUAUUUCUGCCCAUGCACUUCAACCAGCUCAAGCACUUAACUACAGCACUAAUUACUCUAAAGUUAACCACGAUUCAACGAAGGAUUCAGAAAGACAUCAGGAUAUUAAUAUGAGGAAUGAUGCUUCAAAUAAGACUGCUGGAGAGCACUUUAACCAACCACUUCCUAAAUCUUGCACUGAUAAAUAUAUGAAUGAAAACAAGAAAUCUGGAAUUUCAAGUUUAAGACUCGAUACAGGGCCACACCUGAAGGGCCAAAGUUCUAAUCAUCAGUCCAUAAACCACAUUUCAACUAAGCAUCUUGAAGAAUUGCAAGAAGAAUGCUUGGAUUUAUCCACCACCUCUGGAGCAACCGAUCUGAGUCAGAAAAACAAAAAGAUUACUCCAGUUCCCAAUAGGUAUACACUUUAUAGCAAUGAUGCCACUACCAGCAGGUACAACGAUGAGCUUCUACUCCAGCAGCCUGUUGUCAGCAAGAUAGAUUUGGCAGAAAAGAAACUCAAAGAAGCUAGGAUGAAUGGAGAAUUUUCUGGCUGCAAUUCUUCAGAUGAAGUAUUCUGCAAAGGAGAUAUGGGAAACAGGAUAUGCAGCCAGGCUGAGCAACCUCCACUUAAACGGGAUGAUGCUCCCAGGAAAAUGCUGUUUCUCAGGGCUGUCGGCCUAACCACUCAGAGCAUAUCAGAUAAAGUCAUACAGGAAAAGAUGACAAAACAGCACAGGGUGCUGAGAGGACACAGCCCUUCCCCACUUUGUUUAGAGCAGAAACAAUGCUCUCCUCUUCCUUCUCAAGUAGAUUCUUUAAGCCAUUCGCCAGAUGAACUGAAUAAGGCAUCUGAUUUUGAGGAAAAGAAACAAUUUCUUGCACUCUUCAACUUAAAGCACUUGAGCACUGCACAGCGGAAAGAUAUUGAAGAAACAUUGCUAAAGUUUCUCUGUAAAAGUAAGAAGAUAUACAAUUCACAGCCUUCAGAUUCAGCUCAUUCUAACAGGGACCCUUCAGCAUGUUCAGAUUCACCUGGCUAUCCAGAUGUGGUUAGCAUCAGUCAUCCCUCAGUCAUUCCACCUAACAGCAGUCCAACUGCUUGCUGUCAGGAAGAGCUGUCGGCUCAGCCUCAAGCAGAGCAAUACAGGCCGCUGCUCACAGCAGAAGCAUCAGAGAUUGUGUCAAAAGAUCACACAAGCAACGUAAAUGGGAACAAAUCUGACAAGCUGGGAGCUGCAGAUUCUGGCAGCACCUCAAGUGAUGAGGCCGAACCAUCUGGGACAGUAAAUGACCAGAAUGAAAAAUUCAAACUAGGUACAUUUUUGCAGGAGUUCCAGGAGUCUAAAUUGGAAAGCACUAAACAACAGGCUUCAGAUCAACCAAACGUGGUUGAUCAGCGCAGUGACAGGGGUUAUAGCUCAUCGGUUCAGAGUUUGUCAUUGUGUGACAAACUAAAGGAGCAAGUAUUUCAGAUGUUCCAUCAGAGCAGACAAGUUGGCCCUCAGCCUGAUGGACUAGACAGUGAGGAAGAAGUAGAUCAGCAGCCAAAAUGGAAAGGUGUGACAGCUGUUCUUGAAGCCUACCAAGAAUACUUCGAAGAAAAAGAUCUGGAGCUGCAAAUCCUUCAGGAACAACUGAAUCGUCUUAAGGAAAGAAAUCAUGAAUUGAAUUUGACAGCAGAGCACCUCAGUACACAUAUGUUGGAUUUGCAGUUAAGUAAGCAGAGAUAUGAAGUGGAGCGUCAGCAUCAGCAGGCUGCCCUCUGCCAUCUACGCAAGUGCCUUGAUCUGACACAUCACUUGCCAACAUCAUCAUACAGGGGAAGUGAGGAGUUUGACGUUGACUGAGCAAAGAUGAAACCUUAGUGGGGAAAUGUGUGCUCUGAGUUUAAACUGGUCAUUUCAAAGAGUUUGAUUACCUUCCAUUUGUACCAUUAUCAUUUGUUUCAAGGAUACAGUGUGGAGGUUUUCAAGUUAUUUUCAAAAGGAAGCUCUCCAGGGGAUUCCUGUUGCCAAACAGCUCAGCUUGCAUGCUUAGUCCACUCAGCCAAGCUUAAUCCAAAGCUACUAUAGUUUUAUCAGUGAUCCACUGAGGGUUAAAAUGCAAAGCAGGAUGUAGACACCUGAAAGCUUCAGGAGCUAUAUUAAAUGAUGCAGUAAAGGCCUAAAUAAAUGAAUAAUUAGUCUGUGUGCCUUUAUGUAUUAAAUGGAAAUAAUAUUUUUGUUUUCCUUAAAUUUUAGCAGCAGAAAAUGCGUCUUUGUAAGUUUGUAUCAGAAAGACAAUGAGACCAAAACCCAAUUAUGUAAAGUAGUUUGAACAUGCAAGCUUCUAAACAAAUUAUUAUAAACUAUUCAUUUUAUUUGUAGCCUCAAUAGAUUUUAAGGAUAAAGUAAUAAGUAUUUAACAGUCACCAAAUUCCUCCCUUUAACAGAAGAGUUGACUUAUUUCAGGUUACUUUCUUUGUUGAAAUAAAGUGGUGAUGAAUCUGAAAUAAAUGCUUUCAGAACUCGUACUCACUGCAUUCUUUAAUGUAAUUUUCUUUAAUGCUACCCUUUGCCUGGAACGUGGAGCUUUGUACUUUUGAUGUUUAUAUAUAUUCACAUUAAACAGUCUUUGAUUUGUAUAUUUAUAGCAUUGUUCAGUGAUUAUAAAGUUAAAAGUAUAUGUUGAUGUUUUGCAGCAGGUUUGCUUUUAAUCCAGUUGUUGGUAAUUAAAAGGUACAGAUUUACAAUGAAAUAAAUAGCUAAAUAGAGAGCUAGAGACUGAAUUUUGUAAAGGAAUAGAUCUGUUAUUUUUAUUUUGUUGCAUAAAUAAUGUAAAUGUUAAGGAAAAACUACCUUUUACAACACAACACCACUUUAAAUAUAAGAAAUUAUUUGAAGUAAUCUUUCUAUAUUUUUGUUGUAUUGAAGUUAGUUAUGGCAGAAAUUUUGCAGUGACAGGUUAAUGAACCUGGCCUCACUCUGAAUAAGGAUCAUAAAUGCCUUUAUUUCCAAACAUCAUGAUGUUUUUAGCAUGAUAUGCUGUAUGAAUUUUUCUCAGUUUCCAAUAAAGACAAAAAUUCAAGUGAAUUCUAGUUGGUUGAAUUAGUCUAAAAUAAUUUUAAUUGCAGGAGGUAUAACUGUAAUCUUUACAAGAAUUGUUAUAUACUAUCUGAUGCAUUUUUGUACAAUGAAAUAUUUUUGUUCAAAAUACUAGCCUUGUGCUAUUAAAACUUUGCUUCCAUUAAGCAUUUUGUAGCAGUUACUAAAAAGAUAGCUUUAGACUAUUUUCAGUAGUUCCUCAAAUAAAUUAUCAGAAGAAAAAUUUGCAAUUGUGACUGUUUUCUUGAAGUCCUCUGAACUAAGUUGCUUCUCAUUUAUUCAUUAUGUUAAAUAUUGGUCAAGUGAACAAACCAACUGUCGCAUACUUAGAUAAGAUUGGCCUAGUUGUUUGUUAGCAAAGCCUAGAUUUUACCACAGCAGUGGUUUCCAAAAUGUAGCAGGUAUUUAUUACUUUAAGUCAUGAUUUUAAAUAUUUAUUCA